GCGACUGGCGACUGCAACUGCAUCGUAUUCUCGUCUGUUUCCUACAUCGUUUAAAUUAUUAUUUUUCUCAGCAAUAAGUUAAUUAUUUUAAGAUAAAAACAUACAAGUGUUUUAUCUUAUCUGUUUUGAACGCGUACUGUUACGUAAGCUAUCGUUAAGGUUAUAUGAAUUUAGUGUAAGUAAGUAAUGCGUUUUUUUAUCAGGCCGACAGUGAUACUUCUCAGUCAGUUUGUGCGUAAUCAACCUGAAAAUAAACUAAAUCGCUCAAUAAUAUUAAACCGCUCCAUAUCAACAGCUGUAGUCUGGAGAGCCAUGGAAGAUAAGGAAGCCCUAAAGAAGAGGUUAACCCCUCUCCAAUAUCAUGUCACACAAGAAGCUGGUACAGAAAGACCAUUUACAGGUUGCUACAACAAGUUUUAUAAAGAAGGUCUCUAUGUCUGUGUAGUCUGUAGACAAGAUCUAUUCACUUCCAAAACUAAAUUUGACUCUGGAUGUGGAUGGCCAGCCUUUAAUGAUGUGCUUUCUAAGGAAAAGGUUACCCUUCACCAGGAUACUAGUGCAGUUGGGGCAAAUAUAUUACUGGUUUUAACGCGGCCAGGUAUGGUGAGGACUGAGGUGCGGUGCUCCAAGUGCUCCGCUCACCUGGGACAUGUGUUUAAUGACGGCCCCGCACCCACCAAGAAACGGUUCUGUAUAAACUCGGCCUCCUUGGACUUCAUACCCGCCGAAGAAAGGACAGAUUAAAAAGACAACUAUGUGAAAAUAAAUAGCAGCAUUGCUUACACUUAAACUGUUAUGAUAUAAGCAAAUAAUUUAUUUUAAAAUGUAGAAACACGCUUUUAACCAGUCAUGCGCGUAAAACCAUAGAAUAUUUCAAUAUAUUGUGUGUACACCAGAAAGAACACUGUGUAGUCAUUAAGAUAAUUUAUUUUUACUAAAAAUACCUGCUAGUUUGUUGACUACUAACUCUAUUUUCAGUUACCAUAUUAUCGAGUCAUUUUGUUAUAAUUAGAAAUUAUAGUGUUUUCAUAACUAAAGUGCGGUCGCGGACCACAUAGAUUCAUUUAGAUUUUAAGACUAUUACGUUGAUUCAUCGCUUCUUGUUUCUUCUCUUGACACGGGCCCACGAAUAUAAUUACUAUCACGCAAGAUAUUCAUGUGCAAGUGAAAUAGGCAAGCCAUGAGUCAGGCCCGCGACCACAGAAAUAAAUCAAGAUAGAACGGCUAAGCGGGUGGAGUACGCGUGU